CAAGGUCUAGAAAAAUUACCACGCUAUCCUGGCUACUUUGUUACUCUCGUUCCUUCUGAUAAUCGCCGAGAUAAUUACCGUGCUCUUAAAUUGGAAGAAAUUACAGAAGAAGACAUUAAAGAAUUUAAGAAAAAAGUUAAAUUGUUCGGAGUCCCUUAUAGUGAAAAGUUAUUAGCAGGAUAUUGA